AUGAGGCGGAAGGACAGAGAUCCUGAAAGCAGCAGCCCCAAAGCUGUUGCCGUGUUUUGGCAGUCCUCCAGCCUCACAGCCACGUUCCUGUCUGUGUUCAGCAGCUGGGACAAGGUGGAGAAGGAGCUCCAACAGGAGAUGGAGAAGCUUCCUGCCAGAGAGGAGCUGCUGGAGAAGAAGAGAGAGUUUCUGAACAAGAAAAUUGACCAGCUAGAGCUUUUUGCCAAGAAAAACAGCACAAAAAGCAGAAGAGUGGCUCUGCAGGCGCUGAGAAGAAAGAAGCAGUGCGAGAAACACAUCAAGUACAUUGACUGCGCUGUAAAGGCCAUGAGAUCGAUUCACGAACACAUAGAAAUCAUCAACAAGGUCACUGACCUGCUGAAGGACAUUACAGAGGAACAGGAUGUGACUGGAGACAAGCUAGACAGCGUCUACACACCUGUGGGCUUCGAUGGGGAAUUUGAUGAGGAUGAGCUGCUGGCAGAGCUGGAGAAGCUGGAAAGGAAUCUGGACGAAAACCUCUUUGAGGCGGACGGAUCAGAGGACGGGGUCCUUUGUCCCAAAGUGUUGACCUCUGCACCGCCUUCCCAUCCUGGCUUUUGCAGAGAAAUCAUCAACAAGGUAAAUGACCUGAUGAAGGACAUUAUGGAGGAACAGGACGUGACCGAAGACAUGCAAGACAGCAUCUACACAGCUGUGAGCUUUGAAGUGGAAUUUAAUGAGGAUGAGCUGCUGGCAGAGCUGGACAAGCUGGAAAAGAAUCUGGAUGAAAGCCUCUUUGAGGUGGACGGAGCAGAGGACGGGGGCCUUUGUCCCACAGUGUCGAAAACUGCAUCGCCUUCCCAUCCUGCCAACGUGGAUGAAGAUAACAUUGAGGAUGAUUUAGAGUAUCUUCGGCGUUGGGCGAAUGCCGCUUCAUAAACUCAGCAUCCAGUACAACAGUUAGGAAAGCACAGGAUGGAAUAAAUGGGCAGCAGGUUUAUGUUCUUGUUCAUGAGUGUUUUUGUUUUAUUUCAUUUGCAUGGACGUUCGACCAUCUUCUCACAGCAGUAACGUCAGUAAAUACAAUGAAUUUGAUGCACAGGGUAGGACAGAAACUUGUGCUUCCUGUAAUCUAAGCUACUUGUGCUGUUUUUUUAGUGGCUCUCAGUUCAUACGUGUUACAUAUGUGUUUGCUGUCUUGAGUUUUUGUGUUGGCUUGCAUCCUGUUACCCUGUUGUGCUUUCUUCUUCUUAGACUAAUUUUCAAAAAUAAAGCUCUUCACUGAUGGACGG